UCCCAAAGUGUCAAAAUUCUGGCCAGGAAGUUUGGAAUUUUUCAAUAAUUUUCGUUCUCUUCGGUGAAUUCUUGACGAGAAAAAAUGUCCUGCAACUACUAUUUUGCAAUUGUGGGUCACAAUGAUAAUCCCGUAUUCGAGAUGGAGUUUGCAAAUUCCAAUAAAGAGCAAAAGAAGGAGGAUCAUCGACACUUGAAUCAAUUCAUCGCCCAUGCUGCCCUGGAUCUUGUGGAUGAGCACAAAUGGAAGACAAACAACAUGUACAUCAAAUCAAUUGAUAAAUUCAAUCAAUGGUUCGUGUCUGCCUUCGUCACGGCCAGCCAUAUGCGCUUCAUCAUGGUACACGACACCAGGAAUGACGAGGGGAUCAAGACAUUCUUCAUGGAGAUGUACGAGACCUACAUUAAGCACUCAAUGAAUCCCUUCUACGCCAAGAAUACUCCCAUUCGGUCGGCAACGUUUGACAAGAAAGCACAACUAUUUGGACGGAAGUACCUUGUUUCCUGAGGCCUUGGGGAACUCAUAAGCUUCUAAAUUAUUCAUCUCCCUGUGAUCUCUUGGCGCGCACGAUUGAAAGAGGAAAAGAGAAGAGAAAAUCUCUGUUUUGGGACUCUGGAACUCCAAGCGGAAUUUAUUGAACAUGCUCGCGCUAUUUCAAAUAAAUACACAUUUUCUUUUA